AUGGUGGUCGACGGCAAGCCGUUGACCUAUGGCGCGUUCACCGACCGGGUCGCACGGCUGAUUGCGCUGUUUGGCGCCAAGGGGCUUUCGCGCGGCGAUCGCGCCGGCAUCGUCACCGACGAUGCGGCCAUGGCCGCCGCGCUGAUCGUCGCGGCCCUUCGGGCGGGCGUCGCAAUCGUCAAUUUCAACCCGGCCAUGACGCCGCCCGAGCGCGCCAACGCGCUGGCGGCGACCGAUCUGGCGCAUCUGUUCAUCGACCGGCUGAUGUUCGAUGCCGGCCCGCUGCCGGCCGGCCUUGCGCACACCAUCAUCGAGCCGGACACCGGCGCCGGCGGGCUGAUCGGCAAGCUUUUGAUGCGCGGCGCGAAAUCGGCCGGCCCGUCCGGUCUGGCCGGCGAACUGGCGGCCAUCGAGCCGGCGCCGAUGCCCGCGCCCGUGCCCGCCGACGCGAUCGGCCUGAUGCUGUUCACCUCCGGUACGACGAGCGCGCCCAAGGUCGUCCAGCUCAGCCACGCCAAUCUCGCCGCGCAGCUCGCCACCUUCUUCAAGGUCUAUGAUUACGACGCCGACAGCCGCAUCCUGAACCCGCUGCCGAUGCACUUCACCGACGGCAUCCUGCACGGACCGCUGAUCGCCUUCAUGACCGGCGCGACGCUCUACCGGCCGCAGCGCUUCAACGUGCAGGAACUGGGGACGCUGCUCGACAGCGUCUAUCGGGACCGCAUCACCCACUUCAAUCUCGUGCCGGCCAUGCUGUCGCUGAUGGAUCGGCUCGGCGAGGCUUAUCGCGACGCGCUCGCGACGCCGGAUUUCCGGUACAUCCGCUCGAGCGGCGACCGGCUGCCCGAAGCGCUGUGGCGCAGCGUCCAGGAACGCUUCGGCGUGAAGAUCAUCAACACUUACGGCCUGUCGGAGACGGUGUGCGAGGCGCUCUAUUGCGGCCCGUCCGACGACACCUUCCGCAUCGGCACGAUCGGCAAGCCGGUCGACUGCGAGAUCCGCCUCGUCGGCGAAGACGGCAAACCCGCCGCGCCGGGCGAAGCGGGCGAACUGAUGAUCUGCGGCACCAACAUCAUGGCCGGCUAUCUGAACCGGCCGGACCUGACAUCGGACGCCAUCGACGGUGGCGGCUGGUUCCGCACCGGCGAUCUUGCGACGAUCGAUGCGGACGGGUUCGUGACCAUCACCGGGCGCAAGAAGGCGCUGAUCAUUUCGGGCGGCGCGAACAUCCAGCCGCAGGAGAUCGUCGAUGCCAUGCUGACGCACGAGGCGGUCGCCGAAGCGCACGCGCUGGGCAUGCCCGAUCCGGUCUGGGGCGAGCGGGUCGUCUGCGCCAUCGUGCCGCGCCCGGGGCAUGAGGCGCCCGACCAGGACGCGCUGACCGCCCAUGCACGCGGUCUUUUGAGCCCCAACAAGGUGCCGCGCGCCUUCAAGGUGAUCGAGGCCUUGCCGCGCAAUCCGGCCGGCAAGGUGCUGGUCGACCGGCUUCAGGCAUUGUUCGGGACCGACGGCGCCACCGAGGGCGAGGCGCAAAGCGGAUCGCUGGAGGAUCGCGUGAUGGCGCUCGCCGCGCAGGUCUUUGUCUGCGAGCCCGCCGAUCUGCGCCUGACGAGCGAACCGCGCUCGACCUUCGGCUGGGACAGUUUCGCGCACCUGACGCUGAUCAGCGAAGUGGAGCGCGCGUUUUCGGUCACGCUGUCGGCGCGCGAUGUGCUGCGCGUGACGACGCUCGGCCAUCUGGUCGAUAUCUUGGAACAGCACCGGGCCGGGGGCUGA